AUGUUUCUUUUACUGCAAUAUUUCUUCCUAUCACUGCUCCUUGUCAUCUUGUUUCUGGUUUUCACCGUUUUGAAACAAUUGGGGAGAUCAAAACUCCGCGGCCCUAUUCUGACACUUCCACCAGGACCAUGGAAGUUGCCUGUUAUCGGCAGUCUGCAUCACCUGAUAGGCUGGUCCAACCUUUUGCAUAAAACAUUCGCGGACCUGGCCUUGAAAUAUGGAAUGCCCAUCAUGCAUCUUCAACUUGGUAAGCUAUCUUUCGUGAUCAUCUCAUCACCAGAAAUAGCAGAAGAGGUUCUGAGGACUAAGGAAGUCAAUUUCGCCCAACGCUUUCAGCUUAUUGAUGCAGAAAGUCAGCCUUAUCCUGAUUGCAGUUUGAUAUUUGCUCCAUACAAUGAUUACUACAAGCACAUUAAGAGAAUUUCAGUGACGGAUCUUUUCAGCAGCACGCGUGUUAAGUCAUUUAAAUCCCUGAGAGAAGAGGAGGUAGGGAAUCUUGUGGAGGGCAUACAAGAUCAAGAAUCCUCCAUGCCCUUUAAUAUCAGUGAGAGCUUUUCUUUGUUAAUAAGCAACAUUGUAACUAGAUCAGUCCUUGGUCACAGGUCUGAUUAUCUAGAGGAAUUCAAGUCAUGCCUUAGGGAUGUAAUUAGUUCUACUAAAAGUUUCGGUCCAGAUGAUUUAUUCCCAUUUCUCAAAUUUCUUAGUUUUGUUAGUGGGAGAAAACGUACGAUGAAGAAAGUCUUUAAACGAAUGGACAGUGUUCUCAGUGCUAUUAUUGAUGAGCACGAAACAAGAACGACAGCCUUAGACACUAUCUGCGACGACAAGGCAAAAGAUGAAGAUUUACUUGAUGUGCUCCUUGCUAUUCAGGGGAGUGAUCAGGCUACACUCACACAUGACCACAUCAAAAAUCUCAUUCUGGAUAUAUUUGCAGCAGGGAGUAUGGCUGUUCAAUCAAUCUUGGAAUGGGCCAUGGCGGAAAUGCUGAGAAAUCCAAGAAUCAUGGAGAAGGCACAAGCUGAAGUCCGAAAUGCAGUUCUUGGAAAGGUGAAAUUUGUGGAAGAGGAUAUACAGAACCUUCCUUACUUGAACUCAAUUAUCAAAGAAACCAUGAGAUUGCACAUUUCUACGCCAUUACUACCAAGGGAAUCGCGAAAAACCUGUGAAAUUAAUGGAUUUCUUAUACCAGCAGAAACAAAGAUCAUAGUCAACAUAUGGGCUAUGUUCAGAGAUCCUAAAUACUGGAGCCACCCUGAAUGCUUUGAACCCGAAAGGUUUAUGAUAUCUUCUACGACUGGCAUGGAAUAUAUCCCUUUCGGAGCUGGUAGAAGAAAAUGUCCUGGAGGAGAUUUUGGUGAAAAAAUUAUUCAGCUUGCACUGGCUAAAUUGUUGUGUCAUUUCAACUGGAAACUUCCCCAGGGUGUUAAACCUGAAGAACUCGACAUGAAUGAGGUCUCUGAUUUAACUGCAAGAAGAAAGAAGGAUUUAUAUGUUGUCGCGGUCCAUGUUUGA